UAUAUUUGGUUUCUCUUUGAGAUGAAAGAACGAAAAACUAAACUGAGUGUUUAGUGCACUCAGGUCUGAAGCUGAAUCCUGCAAUGCAUCGUCAUUGAAACGUCUCCUCAUGUUUAGAAACAGGUUUCUACAGUUUUCAUUAUAUUUGCUAAUUAAAAGCUUACACUCUUCCAUCUUAUUUCUUUUGUUAAUUUUACCUUUUUUUUCCCUUGUAAACACUUUAGUUGAUAUAGUACUUUGUUUAAGAAGAGAGUGGUCACUACAUAAGCAUGUGCUUGACCUGUUUUCACCUAAACUAUUCAUCGUCUUUGUUCCUUUUUAUUUUUCUUGUUGGUUGGUUAAGAUAAGGUACUUGCUCUUUCCUUUACAGUAGUAAUCUAUCAUUUUUAAGCCAAGAUACUGCUAUAAAAUCCAAUCUUCUCAAUAGACAUGUAAACCAAAAGUCAGAUCGUAUCUGGUGAAACUGGUUUUGUCUAAAGAGACUCAAAACAGUGAAAGUGAAUCAGAUUCAUGCUCUGCAUAAGUAUUGGUGCCUUGAGAAUGAGGUUUGGUCAACACAUGGUAAAUGAUGAGAGAAGCAUCAUCUCUUCAUCUCUAAGGUGUAACUUAAGUUUUUUCCUUUUGUAGUUGUUACAGCUUUAGCUAAAGAGUACAGGAAAAAAAAAAGCUUAAUCAACUGGUACAAAACAAACCCUUCUAUAAAGGGUUAUAGAUUCUGUCUAAGCACAUGGUGCCCUUCUUAGUGUUGUUACCUUCUCUCGUUCCUUUAUUUGUGAAACUGAAAUUUUGAUGGUCCCAUUAGUGUCUCUCUAUAUCUCUCUUUAAAUGCAUCAUCUACUAUUUCACUUUCUGGUAAUACUGUAUGUUAAUUGCAACUUCUUUUUAGAUUAUUAUACUCGCAUUUGAAUCUCUAUAUAUCUCUUCAAAUGCAUCAACUGCCAUUUAAUUUUCUAGUAAUUUAGGUUAACUGCAUCUUUUGGACUAUUUAACCCAUUUGUUGUUUCUUAGGUUAUUUUGGAAAUCUGAAUAAUAAAUAAAAGAUGGCGUUAGGUUAGUACAGUACUACUACCUGGACUUGGUCAGAUCCAGUUCAGAGUGGAAUAUUUAUUUAUAUCGGUGGGUAUAUAGGAGUAAUUAACUGUCACGAGUCUCAACCAGAUUUUUCCGGACCAUCAUACGAUGAUUCGGAAGUAACUGUAUGUAUAAUUUUAAUAUUAUAUAUAAGGGAGACUAGAAGCCUAUAAUAUAGUAGUAGUAGAAUAGUUAAGAAUAUUAGAGUAUAUAUUUUUGACCGUGUAAAAUUUUGACACUAAUCCAUACAUUCAACCAUUCUGUUAGUCUUAUACAAAUUAAAUUUUUUUACUUUAAUUUUGUUAAGUAAAAAAGGGAGUUUCACUUUUUGUUUUUGGUUCGGCUCAAAAUGUUUUUCCACCUAAUUACGUUGAACUCUUUUAUAUGUGAUUCAAAGAAUAUAUUAAUUUGUUUGAACAGUAAAGAAACAAGGACUCAACGUCGCUGUCUACGAUCACUUCUUACAAUCAAACGACAUAUCCAAGCUUGAACUGGGACGUAUCGAUGCGAUCACAAAAAUGACGAGUAGCAGAAAGCAGAAAUUAAACUACAAAAACGAAACCAGAGAAUAACCACGGACUACAACAAUUACGGGAAAGGACAGAGGGAUAUGCAGACCAAGACCAAUGCAGGAAGCAAGUCUUCAAUGGAACUGAUUCUUUCACCACGUGUUUUGCAACGUUGUGUUUUUCUUCUUCUGGUUGUUGAUAAAUUCUUACGAAAGAGCUGGUUUACUUGGCUUUACUCUUCUGUUCACAAUCUUGUGAUUAACAUAUUCAGCUCUGUUCUUUUUUUUUGGUAAAAUAUUCAGCUCUGUUCUUGUGUAUCGAAUAUAAUAAAUCAAGACUUGUAUAUAUGCUUUUAACAAUAUGCAACCUUUUCUUAUAUCUAUUUAUUGGAGUAUGAUUCCUAGUUAUCUUAGGAAUUAUACGGAAUAGAUUUAGAUAGACUCUAAUAUGAUUUUCCUAUUCUAGAUAAGUUCUUUUACGAUUUCCUAUUGUUGCUUUACUUAACUUGGUAUAUAAACCAAGUUUCUAAUCAAUAAAACAUAACUUUCUUUGAUCCCAAACUAGAAUUUGUCAUGGUAUCAGAGCAAGAACAAAUAUAAACACAUCAAAAAUAUUCUUAAUCUCGUAAUUGUCUUGCAAAUCGCAGACCAUUCACGAAUAUUUUCAAAAACUUCUUUAUUCAGAAACUUGAAUAAGAAGCUCUUCUAUUCAUAAUUAAUCGUGUUUUUUGCAAAAUUGCAAAACACAAAUCUUCCUUAUUAACUCAUCGUUUCAGAAUUUGAAACAACGAGCAAUCAAACCUUCGGCGUUCAACAAAUGGCGAUCACCGCAGGCGACAUCAAAUACAAAACAAUCACUCCUUAUGAUCUUUCAUCUAAUGAUAAUCCAGGAGCUGUUAUAUCUCAACCACUCCUUAAUGGAUUGAAUUACGAUGAAUGGGCCAUCAACUUCCGUAUGGCUCUUAGCUCACGGAAGAAGUUUGGUUUCCUUGACGGCAGUCUACCAAAACCGGCAGCCGAUUCAACCUACUUAGAAGAUUGGAUAGCAAACAAUCAUCUGAUUGUAGGGUGGAUAAAACAAACGAUUGAACCAAAAAUUCGAUCAUCUAUCUCUACCCGUGAAAUCGCUAAAGAUUUAUGGGAUAUCAUCAAAAAACGUUACUCUAUCAAAAGUGGAGCACGUCUUCAGCAGCUACGAAACUCUCUUGCAAAUUGCAAACAGAAUGGUACUUCGAUAGAUGAAUACUUUGGUCGUCUAACGAAAAUCUGGGAUGGAAUUGCAGAUUGCAUGAGUUCCAAACAAUGUAGUUGUGGCAAGUGCGAAUGUGAUCUAAAUUCGGCCAGAGACAAAGAAAUAGAAACUCUACGGGUUCAUGACUUUCUCUCGGGACUCAAUGAUGCUACACACGGCAUCAUACGAUCACAAAUAUGCGCCAUAACUCCUCUUCCAGACCUUGAUAGUGUCUACCAGACGGUGUCACAGAACGAGAUAAUUCGUUCCAGCGUCACAACGGAUACACCAGUUAUGAGCUUCUCAUCUCAGGCUCGUUCAUCACCUAAACCAAGCACUCCGAGACCAGGGAACAAAGAUCCUUCCCGACAAUGCACGGCGUGUGGUCGGACAGGACAUGAAGCCUCAGGGUGCUUUACAAUUAUCGGGUUUCCUGAAUGGUGGGAAGAUAGACCAAAGAACAGAGGUCCUAAUCGCAGUACACAACAAAAAUCAACUCAACCAAAAGCAAAUACAGCUACAGUCGCUAAAACAGGGACAUCAAAGGUUCAAGCGAACAUAACCAUCACCGAUGCUGAUCGAUUGGGACUCACUGGUAUUACUGAUGAGCAAUGGAGUAUUGUUCACAAGUUAAUCAAUAAAGGAACAGCUCAAAACGAGCAUCUAAAGGGUAAGAAAGAUGAGUGUAUUUGGAUCAUGGAUACCGGUGCAACACACCAUAUGACAGGUUGCAUCGAUAUAAUGACAAACACUCGUGAUAUCACACCCAUACCGGUUCUGUUGCCCGCGGGCUCAGAAGCAAUGGCUUCUAAGCAAGGAACAGUUCAACUAACAAGCACAUUACACAUUCACAAUGUGUAUUAUGUCGCUGGAUUUCAUACUAAUCUCAUCUCCUUCGGUCAACUUGUUACAGAUAAAUUUCUUGUUGGACAAGUAACUGAUAAACUUAUGAUAUUGCAGGACCGUACCUCGAGGAUGCUGAUUGGUGCGGGUGAAAGAGAGGUAGAGGGAUUGUACCGUUUUCGAGGGAUCGAAACCUUGACGUCACUGCAGACUACUGUAGAAGAUUCAGUUUUAUGGCAUCGUCGUCUUGGCCAUCCGUCUACUCGUAUCACGGGAAUAGUUUCUACUUCAGAAAAUUUAAAUCUUAUCAAGAGUUGUGAUAUUUGUUUUCGAGCUAAACAAACUCGUCAAAGUUUUCCAGAUAGCAAUAAUAAUGCAAAAGAGAUUUUUGAUUUAAUCCAUUGUGAUCUUUGGGGUCCGUAUCGAACAACAACAUUCUGCGGUUCUCGUUACUUCCUCACCAUCGUUGAUGAUUUUUCCCGAGCUAUAUGGUUAUAUCUUUUACCGGACAAGACCUUUGUGGCUCAACAGCUAAAAGAUUUCAUGGCUUUGAUCGAUAGACAGUUUGGUAAGAAGAUCAAAACAUUGCGGAGCGAUAACGGGACCGAGUUUACCUGUCUCACUAACUUCCUUAGAGAACAAGGAAUUAUCCAUGAAACCUCGUGUGUACAUACUCCGCAGCAGAAUGGACGUGCUGAACGAAAACAUAGGCAUAUACUUAAUGUCGCACGAGCUUUGAGAUUUCAGGCAAACUUACCGAUUGGUCUAUGGGGAGAAUGUGUUCUCACAGCGGCACACCUAAUCAAUCGAACACCAUCAUCACUUCUUAAAAAUAAGACUCCGUUUGAGCUUCUUCAUGGUCAACCUCCUACGAUUUCUCACCUUCGUGUUCUUGGUUGUUUAGCCUAUGCUCACAACAAGAAUACCAAAGGCGAUAAGUUCGCACCACGUAGUCGACGAUGUAUUCUUAUUGGUUAUCCUUCUGGUACUAAGGGAUGGAAGCUGUUUGAUCUUGAACAAGAAACUGUUUUCAUCUCUAGAGAUGUCACUUUCCAGGAAGAUGUAUUCCCUUAUGAUAACAAAGCAUCGACGGCUCCAACGGAGACUCCUUCUCCACAUAUAAUGACCGCAUCAGAUACUGACGAUGUGAUCGUCUCACUACCUAUUCAGGAAAAUACCCCAACGGCUUUAGAAAAUCAGACCGAAGAGGUCGACAUUACAGAAACAGAGGAUACAGAAACAGAGGAUAUAGGAACAGAGGUUAUAGAAAACACAGAAACAGAGCUUCUUGGUCGUGGUCAUAGGACACGUAUUCCUUCAACUCGAUAUCACGAUUUCGUGAUCAACACGGUUACUACAAUCCCUACUCUCACUCCCUCUCUGCCAUCAUCUACACCUCAGCUAUCCUCAGGUUCGUUGUUUCCUCUAUCUAACUAUCUAUCAUAUGAUCGUAUUACUCCUAAACAUUGCAGCUAUCUCAUGGCACUGGCAAGCAAUAUUGAACCUAGAAGUUUCAAAGAAGCAAUGAAACAUAAGGUUUGGAGAGAAUCUAUGAAAUCCGAAAUGGAUGCUCUUGAAAGACAACAUACGUGGGAUCUUCAGGAGUUACCACAAGAUAAAAAGGCUCUAGGAACCAAAUGGGUUCAUACAAUCAAACUUCGAGCGGAUGGAACAAUCGAAAGACACAAGUCUCGGCUGGUAGUCUUAGGCAACAAUCAAAAAGAAGGCUUAGACUAUACAGAAACGUUUUCCCCGGUUGCGAAGAUGAUAACAGUUCGUUUGUUUCUGGAUCUUGCCGCAAAGAAUAAUCAUGCGAUUCAUCAGAUGGAUGUUCACAAUGCGUUUCUCCAUGGCGAUCUUCAGGAAGAAGUUUACAUCAAGGUUCCUCUAGGUUUCUCAAAUCCUAAUGACACGCGGGUGUGUAGAUUGCGAAAAUCACUCUACGGUCUCAAACAAGCUCCGAGAUGUUGGUUCGCAAAACUUGCAGAUGCUCUAGUAAAGUAUGGAUUCUCUCAGACACACUCUGACCAUUCCUUGUUCAUCUAUACGAAGGACAAAAUUUCUCUCAUGAUUUUGGUGUAUGUGGAUGAUCUUAUUAUCUCCGGCAAUUCCAGUUCUGAAGUCGAUUCAUUUAAAGCAUACCUAUCUACGUGCUUCCAUAUGAAGGAUCUAGGUAUACUCAAAUACUUUCUUGGCUUAGAAGUAGCUCGGAGUCCCCAAGGUAUCUAUCUUUGCCAGCGAAAAUAUAUACUAGAAAUAAUAACAGAGUGUGGUUUGCUCGGAUGUAGACCAGCUGGGUCACCUAUGGAUCAAUAUCAUAAACUAGGGUCAUCUCAAAGUGAUUUUCUUAAGGAUCCCGAGCGUUAUAGACGUCUUACUGGUCGCCUUAUAUAUCUACUUGCGACCCGUCCUGAUCUCGCCUACUCCGUACAUAUCUUAUCACAAUUUAUGCAACAACCAAGAGAAGAACAUUGGUCUGCUGCUUUGAAAACUGUUCGCUAUCUAAAAGGGACUAUCGGACAAGGUAUUCUACUCAGGGCCAAUGCUACGUUUUCCAUUACCGGCUGGUGUGAUGCAGACUGGGGAGCAUGCCCUACUUCUCAUCGGUCUCUAACCGGCUGGAUAAUUCAGUUUGGGACUUCUCCCAUUGCUUGGAAGACUACAAAACAAGAUGCUGUUUCUUUAUCAUCAACAGAAGCAGAGUUCCGUGCGAUGAAAGCAAUAACACAGGAACUGAUCUGGUUAAAGGAGCUUCUCCGAGAAAUGGGUGUCUCGCAUCAGGAGCCAAUGACGGUCUGUUGUGAUAAUAAAUCAGCCUUACACAUAAGUGCCAAUCCAGUACUACAUAAGAAGACAAAGCAUAUGGGAAUCAUUUGCCAAUUUGUUCGAGAUGAGAUAAUCAAAGGAGUUAUUAAAACAAUUCAUGUGUCAACAUACGAUCAGCUUGCAGACAUCUUUACCAAAGCUUUGGGACGCCGGGAAUUUGAUUCAUUUCUUCUCAAGUUAGGCAUUAAUAAUAUUCAUGCUCCAACUUGAGGGAGGGUAUUGGAGUAUGAUUCCUAGUUAUCUUAGGAAUUAUACGGAAUAGAUUUAGAUAGACUCUAAUAUGAUUUUCCUAUUCUAGAUAAGUUCUUUUACGAUUUCCUAUUGCUGCUUUACUUAACUUGGUAUAUAAACCAAGUUUCUAAUCAAUAAAACAUAACUUUCUUUGAUCCCAAACUAGAAUUUGUCACUAUUUUUUGGAAGAAAAAAUUAAUGUUUCUUUCUACUAGAUAAUAUAAUCACUUGAUCAGUAAUACGUACUCUUUUAGUUAUGGACAUUUGAUCACUUUAUUUGUGGACCUAUGAUAUAUUCUGCAUUUGAAUUCUUAAUUGGACAAGGGAAAUAUCAAAUGAUUUAUCAAUUCUAGUAAUAGAUUGAGUUUAUAUAUUAGGGAUGUUAUGUCGGUGCUAUUCUCCUAACAAUUAAAGUGAAUUGUUGAUAUCUGUUUUCACAGCCAUAUGAUUUUUAGCUCUUUCUUUUUUAUUUCCCGAAGCAAAGAUAUGAAAACAACGUUUUGGAGAUGGAGGGAAUGAAAAAUAAAUAAAGCAAGAAUAUAUCCAAUCUAAUAUCAAGAAGGAUUGUUUCUGUAAGUUUAUAUUUGGAGGAAACAUACAUAUAUAGAACGUUACGUUGUGGUUAUGGUGAUAGUAUGCCAUACCAAAAUAUGAUAAACGUCAUAUAUUAAACCGAUUUUGAACAUAUCGAGAAACAUUUAUAUUCAUUCAAGAAAUUAAAAUUUUAUAUCAAAUGUUGUAUUUAGCACCGUUUUUGGACAUAUCAAAAUGAAACAUUUAUAUUCGUCCAGAAAAUUUAAAUAAUUGAUAUACAGAUCAUCGGAUUCUUAAAUUAAUUAAAAAUAGUUUAUUUAUUUAUUUAUUAGUUUUAUAAUUGUUUUAACCUCCAUAUAUUUCAUUGUUAGUUUUGAUCAUAUUGGUUUCACAAACUAAUUCAACCAAAAGUUUUCUUUCGGUGAUAGUUGGAUCAACGGGAUAUGAUCGUGUUAAUUUGUCUUCGCAUUGGAUUCCUUUUUAGAUCCAACAAAGUUCCCAAUUCAAGACAAUUUUCAAUCGAUUCCACUGCUUAGUUUCUUCGACAGUGGGGAUUAACAAUUAUGAAAGUUUGGACUUCAUAUAAAUAAUCAUACAAUACUAAGAGAUAUAGACAAACAUCAAUUUUGAAGGUGAUAACGCGGAUGAGGCGAAGUUAUGGAAGUUACCGUAAUAUAUAUUUUCCUUUAAGUUACAGUAAUAUUAAUCUUGAGAAAAAAAGUUACCCAAAUAUUUAUACAAUAACUUUUUUUUUUACAAAAAUCUUCAUAUAAUAGCUUAAUUUAUUGCAGUCUAAUAACAUCUCCAACCCACUCCAUAAUUUAUUCAGGUUAUUGAAUUUGAUAGACUUUCCACGCAAUUUCUCUCAUUCUUGGGAGUUGGGACUGUUACAAAAUGGGAUAUGAAAUCUUGUCCCAAGUUGGGUAAUGCUUCCAGAUGAUUAGUUAUAAUUUCAAUCGGAGACAACUUCUACUGUUUGGAGUUCUCUGUAGUGCAUAUAAAACAAACAUGAUUCACAUGAUAGAAAACGAUAAUUAUAGGAAUCAUGUCAUUUACUGGACGAUGUUAAUAUGUCAUAAAAGUGACAAAUAAGUAUCCUAAAAGGUGGGUUUAGCUGUAUAAUUCUAAUUGACAUGAUACCCAUUUUUUUAUUGAUAAAAAUCUAAAACAAAAUGGUGGUUGGUUAGGCAAUCUAAGAAAUUAAAUACAUGAAAAGAAUAAUGUUUAAUUCUUUCGAGUAUUGCUUUAUUUUUGUGUCUAGCAAUAAUUAUAGAUAAUUUUUUUUAUAUAACUACUAAAAGUAUUACUAUUGAUAGUUUUUGAAAUGAAUUCAUCAGUAAAGUUAUUAUUUAUUUCAAAUAUAAAAUAUGAUUAUAUUUUAUUAGUAAAUAUUUUAAAACUUGAGAAAUAUAAACUAAAUAAUUUCUCAAGUUUUUAAAAUAGUAUACAUUAACAAGAUAUUAAAAAAUUUUAGUUUUUCUUUUUAAAUAUUAAAUACUAAUGUUAUUUUAAGUUUGAGAUAUAUAUAUAUAUAUAUAUAUAUAUAUAUAUAUAUAUAUAUAUAUAUUUCAAUGCAGAUGCAUCAAAAUUAUGUUUGGGAAAGGCUGAAACACAUAUACUCAAACCAAUUUAGUUACCAAAAUAAAACAAGAUAUGUGUAGGGAAUCUAUUGAGUAUUAAUUGACUAUUGAGUCUUAAUAUUAAAUUAAAAUUUACGUCUUCAACCUAAACAGAGAAAAAAAAUAAAGAAAUG